CUGGGAACGUCAGUCAAUCACAGAAAAAAUUCAAACGAGCUACUUGAGCGAAAGAAACUAGUUGUGAAAUUAUUUUAUUUUUUAUCUAAAUCGAAUUCGAUUUUAGUAAAUAUUUGAAACCUUUUUGCGUGAUAAAAGAAGUAAAUAAAAAUAAAUAAGUAAAAAUGGUUCGUCGAGGUCGUUCUGCUAGCCCACCACCAGCCACAAGGAGGAUGGCUCCAUCAUCGGCAAAUGUGCCAGCACGUGCCGCCCCUCCACCACCACCACCAGCACCAGUUGCUGCAGCUCCAUCAGCCCUUGGAGCACCCCAACAGCAGCCAUCAAUGUUCCAACAAAUGGCUGCAACCGCCGGUGGUGUUGCUGUCGGUUCCGCAGUGGGACACGUUGUCGGAGCUGGAAUCACUGGCAUGUUCAGUGGUGGUGGCGACAAGGAAGCCGCUGCUGCUCCAGCACCAGCUGCUGCAGCCCCAGCCCAACAGUAUGCCAGUCAACCAAACCAGCCACAAGGUGCUUGCGCCUGGGAGAUCAAGCAAUUCCUACAAUGCGCCCAAGGACAGAGCGAUUUGUCUUUGUGCGAGGGAUUCAAUGAGGCUUUGAGACAGUGCAAGAUGCAAAACCAAAUGAUCUAAAGAAUCCUUACUACUACCCACACAGUUUACCAUCUUCUUCCGUUUCGAAUAUACUACAAAAUAUCGCAUAUAAUUCCUGAUGUAUCUAUAAACUGUUAAUUAUUAAAAAUAUAGAUGCAAAACGGGCCAGCUGAUUGGAUGCGCGAGGCUGAAUUAAGGCACUGGCACGUCACACGUCAUACAUAACAUCCGGCAACAUUUAGCAUGAUGUUCAUGGUCGAGAAUUUUCCUUUGGCGCUCGGCCAAAACAUGUUCUUUGAAGUGGCAGACAUCUAGCGAUAAAUGAAUGGCCAAUCAGCUGGUCCAAUCUAAAAAAAAAAGAAACAAAACUGAGGCUAUGUAUUUAUUUAUUAAUUUAUGAAAAAAGUUAAGCUUUGAACGUUUGUUUCAAUAAAAGAGAAAACAAUAAUAUUGUUGGAUUCAAAGAGAA